UAGUUUAUAAUUUGUUUUGGGACGAAAAGAGUGAAAUCCAAUUGAGCUCCUUUGCUUUCUCUAACAAUUGGUUCUAGGGUUUCUUUCUGCUCGAUUGAUACACAGAUAUGGCUUUACUUUCCAAUUCAGAAUCUGAUGAAUUGUCCGCUAAUGUUUCUUCGUCCCCGCCAAAAAGCGUAUACAAAGAUCCAGAUGAUGGCCGCCAACGAUUCUUGCUUGAAUUGGAAUUCGUUCAGUGUCUCGCCAACCCUAUCUACAUUCACUAUUUGGCCCAGAAUCGAUAUUUUGAAGACGAAGCAUUUAUUGGAUAUCUGAAAUACCUCCAGUACUGGCAACGCCCCGAGUACAUAAAGUUUAUAAUGUACCCACAUUGUCUCUUUUUUCUUGAAAUGCUUCAAAGUCCCACAUUUCGGAAUGCAAUGGCACAUCCUGCCAACAAGGAAUUGGCACAUAGGCAGCAAUUCUAUUUUUGGAAGAACUACCGAAACAAUAGGUUGAAGCAUAUUUUACCGAGGCCGCUUCCUGAACCUGAAAGUGCACCACCAACUUCUGCUCCACCCAUUCCAUUGCCACCAACAGCUGCAACUGCCACUGGUCCUGUCCCUUCUCCAAUGCAAUAUGCCAUUCCCACGGGAUCUUCUAUUGCUAAAAAUGAUCCAAGGAAUCCGGCUGCUGAUCGAAGAAAGAGAAAGAAAGAUGGGUAGUGCCGUUGAUCUGGACACAAGUAUUGGCGUUGAUGAUACAUAUCAUGGUUGUAGAAAUCGUGUUCCCUUGCUGCCAAACCAUUGGAGUUGCGGGCCUGCAGCCUGCAGGCCCACGCAUGCAGUUUUUCAUACAGUGAAAAUGGCCAUUGCUAUCCAUCUUAGUUUCAGGUUAUAGACUUGUAGUUAUAUAGAGUCCCAGAUGAACAAUUUUAGGGGUUUGUAAGAUUCAGGAUAGGUGAAGGGGUUGGUAAGGGAGAUUUGUUGUUUUCAUCUCUCUUUGCUCUAAUCUGGAAUGAAGAUAAGAUUAUGGAUGAGAUGCGGCUAUUCGCCACGCCAGCCCCUGUCACCUUGGAAACAACUAACUUUGACUGCAAUCUUCAAAAGACGUCCUUAGACUGCCUGCCUUGUCUUCUCCUCCUUAAUAUAUGUAGUUAACGUCCAAGAAAAACAAAAUUAAUACAAUUGCUGUCUUCAUUCAAUGUAUUCCAAGUUUAACGUUC